GGUCGAUGGCCGACCACGGUGUUUGAAGGUGAAGAAAUUAAUUGGUGCAUAUUGCAUAUUUUUAGUUUUGUAAUUCAUUGAAUUAUGUUGUUUCAAAGAAAAUGAAGUAAAACUUAUGAGACUACCGGAAGUGUAUUCAGGUUACUUCGGAUGUCCUGAAAGAAUUGUAAGAACCACGUGAGUUUAGAGCUCACGCAAUACUCUAGAAUGGAUCCAACAUGUUCUCAUUUUAAGUUUGAUGCAUAUGAAGGGGUUAAUAAUGUCUCCUUUGACACGGAAAAUAAGACUGACAGUGAAGCCUGUGUGGUUGACAAUGAAGCUACAUCUAAAGAUAAUUCCAAGCAUAAGAUAGAUGAUAUAGAGCGCCAGGACUUCGAUGAGGAGAAUAGAAUAAUAAAUCAUUGUUCUAGUAUGAUUGUGGAUGGCAAAAUAGCUGCGAGUCCACAUUACUCCGGCAACUUGUCCAGUGCGAGCUCUAGUCUGGCGUCCAGCUCGGAGACCAUAUCCGCCUUCCCAAAUAUUAUAUCCAAUGACUACAGUUUACCUGGCUGUAGCAAAACAGAAGAUUGUGAAGAUAGUAAUGCAACAAUAAAAAAUAUGAUACAUUCUCGAAAACCUGCAAGCACAGUUGAGGAGCUUCCGAGGAAAGAAGUCUACAAGCCUGACUUUAUGCAAAAACUUCUUAGUAGUGGUGUCCAAGAGAAGAAGGACUUUCCUAAAGGAAAGCUGUAUAAAGCGGAGCAGAUGGGCGAGAGUUCCUGCGACAACCAUACUCCCGACGUGAGCGACCUGGAAGCGACUGGCGGGCCCUCGGGGCGCACCAGCUCUAACGCGUCCAGCAUCGGCAGCACCGGCUCGGACAGCAACAAGGAGUUCACAGUGCCGUCCACGUCCAACGCCGACAAGUUGUUAGGCCUCGACGAUAGCAGGAAAAAUGAGCCGGGGGGCUCCAAGUCAUCUCCCUACAUGCAGCCAUUUUGCGAUGGGGAUGAUGACUCAGAUGACGACGUAAUUGAAGAAACGUGGUGUACUUGUUUAUCAUCUCAUGAGGACGACGAGGAUGACGAAGAGCCAGAAAUUGAUGAGAGACUUUGGAGAAAGAGGCGUUACGAGCCGCCCCCGCCUCAGUACGCGAAAAAGUUCUGCCCGGAUGGCAGCACGAGCGCGCCUCCCGACGGCGGCUGGCUGCCGGCGCUGCCGCCCUCCUCCAUGCCCGCCACUCUUCAAGGACCACCUGAAAUUAAGAAUUGGCUCAACAGAUUCCAAUCUUGGUCGAAUGCCGAGAAGAUUGAAGCGAUAGACGCGCUGAUCGGGCGCUGCGCCGCGAGCCACGUGCGGCACAUGAUGAAGGCCAUCGAGCCGCUGUUCCAGAGGGACUUCAUCUCGCUGCUGCCCAAGGAGCUGGCGCUCACGGUGCUGGGCUACCUGCAGCCCAGAGACCUGCGGCGCGCCGCGCAAACUUGCCGAUACUGGAGGUUCCUUGCCGAUGACAAUCUACUAUGGAAGGAGCAGUGCCGCCGCAUAGGCAUUACGACACUCAAGAAGAUGCCUCGGUCGCUGCCCCGCUGCGUCAGCCCCUGGAAAGCGGCCUACAUGCGCCAAUACCUGAUCGAGAACAACUGGCUGCACAAACCGGUCAACAACCCUAUCAUGAUGAGAGGACAUGAUGAUCACGUCAUCACCUGCUUGCAGUUCUACGGAAAUCGUAUUCUUAGCGGCAGCGAUGACACUACGCUGAAAGUGUGGUCGGCUAUUACGGGAAAGUGCCUGCGCACGCUGGUGGGGCACUCGGGCGGCGUGUGGUCGUCGCAGAUGGUGGGCGACCUGGUGAUCAGCGGUUCCACGGACCGCACGCUCCGCGUGUGGGAUGCCAAGACCGGCCAGUGCCAGAAGGUGCUCGCCGGACACACCUCCACGGUGCGCUGCAUGCAUCUCUACAGCAACAGGGUGGUGUCCGGAUCGCGCGACGCCACGCUGCGCGUGUGGUCCAUCCCCGAGGGCCGCUGCCUGCGCGUGCUGGUGGGGCACCUGGCGGCCGUGCGCUGCGUUCAGUACGACGGCAAGGUGGUCGUGUCCGGCGCCUACGACUACUUCGUCAAGGUGUGGAACCCCGACACUGGCGAGUGCCUGCACACGCUCGCGGGACACACCAACCGCGUCUACAGUCUACAGUUUGAUGGCGUGCACGUGGUGAGCGGGUCGCUGGACACGUCGAUCCGCGUGUGGGACGUGGAGUCGGGCCAGCUGAAGCACACGCUGACGGGCCACCAGUCGCUCACCUCCGGCAUGGAGCUCCACUCCAACAUACUCGUCUCCGGCAACGCGGACUCCACCGUCAAGGUGUGGGACAUCACCACCGGCCACUGCCUUCACACGCUGUCAGGACCAAACAAACACCAAUCGGCGGUGACGUGCCUGCAGUCGAGUAACCGGUUCGUGAUAACUUCGUCGGACGACGGAACGGUGAAGCUGUGGGACGUGCGCACCGGCGAGUUCAUCCGCAAUCUGGUGGAGCUCAGCUCGGGUGGCUCCGGCGGCGUGGUGUGGCGCAUCCGCGCCUCCGCCACCAAGCUCAUCUGCGCCGUGGGCUCGCGCAACGGCACCGAGGAGACCAAACUGCUCGUCCUCGACUUUGACGUACCAGGCGCUUGUCGCAAGUGCGACGAAUAGCAUCGACUCAACCGACGCUUGAUGCGUCGCUACGUCAACCUGUACGCGCCGUGGAAUUUCUAAACGCGUCGUCUGUCUCACCCUGUUUUGUCCGUGCAUGGGACGGCAAAAGCGACUCAUGUUAUGCGGGUGGUUCUUCAUGCUUACAAUUUUAACCGUCGACACACUCGCCACGAAACAACCAUCAUUCCUAUAAUAAUUAAUAAAUAACGUGAGGCAAUCAUACACAAAUGGGCCAGGUCCUGAAUUAUGACCUAUAUAUAGUAUAAGAAAUUAAUGACAAUAUACGUACAAGUUGCAUUUAUUUCUCGAGUAAUUUUUUUUACUGUUAUGUAGUUUCCUCUGUAUGCAAUUAUGUUACUUUAAAAUCAAUCAUGCACUAAAGUGAUGUAAACUUAUAAUUUGAAAUAAUGUAUGUUUACAAAAACACUUGUAUUUUCAAUAUUUGUCAUGGGUGUAGAGAAGCAUAACUUUAGAUUUCACGUUUUGGCCGAUCCAUGCAUGUGUACAAAACAACACUUUAAGAUGUCAACACUGACCAAUGAUGAUAACAGACCUGUGAUGAGUUCUCGUUGUAUCUGUGGAGUGUGGACGAUGCACCGUUUUAUACAAAGCUACCCACCGCCGGCUCUGUGAGCGAGUGUUAGUAGUGUAGCGCGGACGGGUCGCCUGUUCGCGGAACUCAAGUAUCCAGGCAGGUACUCAACAUUAUAACAUUAUGUAACAAGUAUAGUCCUUAAUAUUAAUAAUUGUUCCCUCGAUCAACAUGAUGGCUUAAUGCCAUCAUUAUUGCCAAAUUUCAAAUGUAUGCUUCAUUAUCCCAAAGAAUUAUAAAAGCAUUGGGUAGGUAUUAAGUUAAUUACUAUGCAUAAUUUUAAAAAUAUUUGACGACGGUUCCGUUACAAAAACCGCUCUAUAGUACCGCCUCGUUUAACAAUUUUUUGGUUUUAGUAAGCAUUCAACUGUUACAAGAAUUAUUUUUGUUAGUUCACUAUUCUGUGCGGUGUAAGUAAUUUAUUGGAAUGUCAUUCUUAUUAUGCUUUGUGGAUUUACGCAGUGUCCGUGCCACUACACUAUUUAGAAAUGGCAGGGUGAAUAUUUAAUGUUAGUGUUUUAUUUUUUGACUAAAAUAUUUGAAAAAACUUAUAAUACGUUAAUAAUGCUAAUGCGAUGUGUUAAAUAUUAUUAUUUUCCCUUUAAUUGAUGGCCAGCAAUUUUUAUUAUUUAAAAUCCUAAACAUAGUCUGGUAAGAUAAAAUAAUAAUUUAUGUCUAAUUGUAAACUUGAUAAACAAUUCCAACUCAUAAUAAUAAUACCGAAUUAAGCUGUAAACAAUGUUGAAUAGUAUCAGUUUCAUAAAAUGUGUCAAUGCGUAUCAAACAUGCCGAUUCCCGGCAAAAUGGUAACAAGUUAAUGUGAAAUGAUUACAUUCAAUUGGAAUGAGUUUUGGGAAUUUCAUAUACACAUAUACAUUGGCACAAAUGUGGUAGUACUCGCAAGAAACUUAUCGAUCAGCACCAGUAUUCGACACCACAGUUAUUGUAAACUUUUAUUCCUAUUGUUGUAUUUAUUUUUAUACUAAUACAAUAGUAUUUUUAUUUUCAUUGGUAAUCGUCCCUUAUGUAUAAUUUCGUAAUUUAUUACACCGUAGGUAAUACUUGUAUUCUAAUAGUGACCCUUUAAUUUUAUUUAAUGGCAUUAAAAUACGAGUUUGGUUUAUGUAACGAGCUACAAGCGAGUUACAUAUCUUGCUUAUCUACACACAUAUUAUAAGCUCUCUAUGAUUUGUUCCGGAACCGCAUGUAAGUCGUUACAGCCAUGCAGCAAUGAUCACACUGUUUGCAAGUGACAUUUCAUUUCGAAUAAAACGUCAUCUCGACUGAUACUAGAAAUGUGUCGCUUAACUUCAAACUCGGGUAAAUCCAUUCGACCGCAAGAAGUUUUUCGAAGUCGCAUAAUCUGACAGAACAGAACAGAACCCGAGUUUGAAGUUAAGCUACUUAAAUUAGGUGAAAUCAAAUUCUUUGAAUUUUCAGAUGUUCUAAAGUUUAACGUAAUUGUUAAAUCGAUACCUAUCGAUGUAACAACAUUACCGCAAUAAUAACAUUUUCACAGAUAAUAAAUAUGUUCUAUCAAAACACUGAUAUGUAAGCUAGCCUAGCUGUAAUUUGCGGUUUUUGAAUGCACCAUAGAGGGUUUAUGAUAUGUGUGUAGAUAAAAUAUCGUAUUUUCCAUCGAUUAUGUUUUAUUGCGGAUUUCUUUUGACAUGUCGUGUUCAAUGUUUUUUUUUAUUUCAAUCGACUAUGUUUGUUUAAAUUUUAGUUUGUACCUAUAAUACGUUAAUAAUGCUAAUGCGAUGUGUUAAAUAUUAUUAUUUUCCCUUUAAUUGAUGGCCAGCAAUUUUCAUUAUUUAAAAUCCUAAACAUAGUCUGGUAAGAUAAAAUAAUAAUUUAUGUCUAAUUGUAAACUUGAUAAACAAUUCCAACUCAUAAUAAUAAUACCGAAUUAAGCUGUAAACAAUGUUGAAUAGUAUCAGUUUCAUAAAAUGUGUCAAUGCGUAUCAAACAUGCCGAUUCCCGGCAAAAUGGUAACAAGUUAAUGUGAAAUGAUUACAUUCAAUUGGAAUGAGUUUUGGGAAUUUCAUAUACCUACAUAUACAUUGGCACAAAUGUGGUAGUACUCGCAAGAAACUUAUCGAUUAGCACCAGUAUUCGGCACCACAGUUAUUGUAAACUUUUAUUCCUAUUGUUGUAUUUAUUUUUAUACGAAUACAAUAGUAUUUUUAUUUUCAUUGGUAAUCGUCCCUUAUGUAUAUUUUCGUAAUUUAUUACACCGUAGGUAAUACUUGUAUUUUAAUAGUGACCCUUUAAUUUUAUUUAAAGGCAUUAAAAUACGAGUUUGGGUUUAUGUAACGAGCUACAAGCGAGUUACAUAUCCUGCUUAUCUACACACAUAUUAUAAGCUCUCUAUGAUUUGUUCCGGAACCGCAUGUAAGUCGUUACAGCCAUGCAGCAAUGAUCACACUGUUUGCAAGUGACAUUUCAUUUCGAAUAAAACGUCAUCUCGACUGAUACUAGAAAUGUGUCGCUUAACUUCAAACUCGGGUAAAUCCAUUCGACCGCAAGAAGUUUUUCGAAGUCGCAUAAUCUGACAGAACAGAACAGAACCCGUGUUUGAAGUUAAGCUACUCAAAUUAGGUGAAAUCAAAUUCUUUGAAUUUUCAGAUGUUCUAAAGUUUAACGUAAUUGUUAAAUCGAUACCUAUCGAUGUAACAACAUUACCGCAAUAAUAACAUUUUCACAGAUAAUAAAUAUGUUCUAUCAAAACACUGAUAUGUAAGCUAGCCUAGCUGUAAUUUGCGGUUUUUGAAUGCACCAUAGAGGGUUUAUGACAUGUGUGUAGAUAAAAUAUCGUAUUUUCCAUCGAUUAUGUUUUAUUGCGGAUUUCUUUUGACAUGUCGUGUUCAAUGUUUUUUUUUAUUUCAAUCGACUAUGUUUGUUUAAAUUUUAGUUUGUAGCUAUAAUACGUUAAUAAUGCUAAUGCGAUGUGUUAAAUAUUAUUAUUUUCCCUUUAAUUGAUGGCCAGCAAUUUUCAUUAUUUAAAAUCCUAAACAUAGUCUGGUAAGAUAAAAUAAUAAUUUAUGUCUAAUUGUAAACUUGAUAAACAAUUCCAACUCAUAAUAAUAAUACCGAAUAAAGCUGUAAACAAUGUUGAAUAGUAUCGGUGGCAGUCGCACCGCGCACCGUGCACCGCGGCAACAGCCGCAGCCGCUGUUGCCGCCCGCUCGGCGCCCGCGCACGCGCCCGCAGCCGUGUAUUGUUGUGUAUAUAAUUAUAAUCUUAAAGUAAUGUGAUCAUUGGAGGGCGAAGUCAACGCCUCUGUUCUAUGAUGGCUGAUUUAAUUAAUAAUUAAACAAAGACUGAAGCAUAGGUAUAGCGUAAUAUUUAAAGUAUUAAUGUAGUUACUCCUAUGUACUACCGAUCAUCACACUGGGUAUACCUUUGUUGACUCUCGUCAUCAUUUUGUUCAAACGUGUUUCGGUUUAGUUUUGAAUAAAAAUGUAUGUAUAUUAUUAUGUUAUAUGUUGUUAAGCUUUCGCGGGGCCGUGUCUCCACUUUGGUAAUUAUUGAAAAUGUCACCUAGUUAUGUCUUAUAUUUAGUUUCUAUUGCAUUAUUUAUCUGCCCAGGCACGCAAUAGCUUAUGUAUAAUGAAUAAAAGUGAUAUCGACGAUAAAGCGCCUGUAUGUCGCUGUGGUAGAUCUGUCUGUAGUUUUGCAUAAGUAAUCAUGAUCAUCAUAAAGUCGCCGCGUGGUGGCCGCCGGUCGUACGUACACUCAUGGUGUCGUACCUUUUGCCAAAUGAGGACGACAUAAGAAAUGAGCUUUCUCCGCCCGAUUGCACUCACUCGGUCCCCGGUUCCUUGUGAACACCCUUUAUUUGACAAUAAUUUCCAUCUUUAAUUUGUCUUUCCUGGUUACGAUGAAAACGAUUGUGUACUAUUAAUAUUUAGCUGCGUACGACGGCGAUUAACAUCGCCUUGUUAUUAUAUUUCUUUUGUCUUCACUACUUUGCUUUUACUGUACGAUUAUUAAAUAAAUCUAAUUGUUUUCAACA